AUGCGUGCAGCCGCAGGAUGGAGGAGUCGGAGCCCGAGCGGAAGCGCGCUCGCACCGACGAGGCCAAUGCCGGAGGCAGCCAUUCCGAGGCGGAGGAGGACGACGAGGACUACGUGCCCUAUGUGCCGCUGCGGCAGCGCCGGCAGCUGCUGCUGCAGAAGCUGCUGCAGCGGAGACGCAAGGGGGCUGCGGACGAGGAGCAGCAGGACAGCGGCAGCGAGCCCCGGGCCGACGAGGACGACAUCCCGCUGGGCCCGCAGUCCAACGUCAGCCUGCUGGACCAGCACCAGCACCUCAAGGAGAAAGCCGAAGCCCGCAAGGAGUCGGCCAAGGAGAAGCAGCUGAAGGAGGAAGAGAAGAUCCUGGAGAGCGUGGCCGAGGGCCGAGCACUGAUGUCGGUGAAGGAAAUGGCCAAGGGUAUCACCUACGAUGACCCAAUCAAAACCAGCUGGACGCCACCGCGCUACGUCUUGAGCAUGUCGGAAGAGCGACACGAGCGGGUGCGGAAGAAGUACCACAUCCUGGUGGAGGGAGAAGGCAUCCCGCCGCCCAUCAAGAGCUUCAAGGAGAUGAAGUUUCCUGCAGCCAUCCUGAGGGGCCUGAAGAAAAAGGGCAUCCAUCACCCCACGCCCAUUCAGAUCCAGGGCAUCCCUACCAUCCUCUCCGGCCGUGACAUGAUAGGCAUCGCCUUCACGGGCUCAGGCAAGACGCUGGUCUUCACCCUGCCCGUCAUCAUGUUCUGCCUGGAGCAGGAGAAGAGAUUACCUUUCUCCAAGCGCGAGGGGCCCUACGGGCUCAUCAUCUGCCCCUCACGGGAGCUGGCCCGGCAGACCCACGGCAUCCUGGAGUAUUACUGCCGCUUGCUGCAGGAGGACAGCUCACCGCUCCUGCGCUGUGCCCUCUGCAUCGGAGGCAUGUCUGUCAAGGAACAGAUGGAGACCAUCCGACAUGGCGUGCACAUGAUGGUGGCCACGCCUGGGCGCCUCAUGGAUUUGCUGCAGAAGAAGAUGGUCAGCCUGGACAUCUGUCGCUACCUGGCCCUGGACGAGGCCGACCGCAUGAUCGACAUGGGCUUUGAGGGUGACAUCCGUACCAUCUUCUCCUACUUCAAGGGCCAGCGGCAGACACUCCUCUUCAGUGCCACCAUGCCCAAGAAGAUUCAGAACUUUGCCAAGAGUGCGCUCGUGAAGCCUGUCACCAUCAACGUUGGCCGCGCCGGGGCCGCCAGCCUGGAUGUCAUCCAGGAGGUGGAAUACGUGAAGGAGGAGGCCAAGAUGGUGUACCUGCUUGAGUGCCUGCAGAAGACACCCCCACCUGUGCUCAUCUUUGCGGAGAAGAAGGCCGACGUGGACGCCAUCCACGAGUACCUGCUACUCAAGGGGGUCGAGGCUGUGGCCAUCCACGGGGGCAAAGACCAGGAGGAACGCACGAAGGCCAUCGAGGCCUUCCGUGAGGGCAAGAAGGACGUCCUCGUGGCCACAGACGUGGCCUCCAAGGGCUUGGACUUCCCUGCCAUCCAGCAUGUCAUCAAUUACGACAUGCCCGAGGAGAUUGAGAACUACGUACACCGGAUCGGCCGCACUGGGCGCUCAGGAAAUACAGGCAUCGCCACCACCUUCAUCAACAAAGCCUGCGAUGAAUCCGUGCUGAUGGACCUCAAAGCCCUGCUGCUGGAAGCCAAGCAGAAGGUACCACCCGUGCUGCAGGUGCUGCACUGCGGAGACGAGUCCAUGCUGGACAUCGGAGGAGAGCGCGGCUGCGCCUUCUGCGGAGGCCUGGGCCAUCGCAUCACUGACUGCCCCAAACUGGAGGCCAUGCAGACCAAGCAGGUCAGCAACAUUGGCCGCAAGGACUACCUGGCCCACAGCUCCAUGGACUUCUGAGCCAGCUACCCGCUCACCUUCUCUGCAAGAGGCCCUGGGACAGGAAGCCAGUGUCCUCGGCCCAGCUGGCCUGGGCCGCUCCCUGUUCCCCCAGAAUCACUAUUUUUGUUGCCCUUCACCCCAGCUGCCAUUAAAACACAAGCUGUCUCCAUCCCAA